GCUUCUCCUUUCGCCAUGUCUUCCCACAAGACUUUCGGGAUCAAGAGGUUCCUGGCCAAGAAACAAAAGCAGAAUCAGCCCAUUCCCCAAUGGAUUCCGAUGAAAACUGGUAAUAAAAUCAGGUACAACUCGAAGAGGAGACAUUGGAGAAGAGCCAAACUGGGCUAUGAGAAAUCACACAUGAUAGAUGGCUCACAUAUUUAUGCUGUGUCCAGAUUGCCUGCACCUUUAAAUGAUUGA